UCGAGAAUAAUAUUUUUCUCCUUGAAACAGUUAAACCCUACACUCAAUUUCUUACCCGCCAAAUUCCUUCUCUUUCAAUGUGCGAUUCCCUUUAAUUGUGUACUCGUUUCUUUAAUUGAGUUUCAAUGGAUUUAGAGUCUUCUCAAAUUUUUCUAUUGUAAUUUUCUAAAGGACACAGCAAGAAGUGAGUUUCAGGAUCUUCUGUAAUAAUCUGAUUAGAUUCUGCAGUGUUUUCUUUUAGUUAUUAGAAUGGCAAACGACGAGCUUGUGAAGUCUGAGAACCGUGAUAUCUCGUUUAGACAAGAUCAUUUCACGGGUAGUCGACACAACUAUGAACUCUUCGUUGGUCAUGACUACAAUUCCGCCUUCGAACAACUUCUCGAUAUCAACCUCCAGAUUGGUGCCUCCUGUAACGGAAAUGAGCUCUGGAACAACCUCCAGGACCACAGAGGGAUCGAUGAAACGAAAGAAGUGGCAUGUUUAGAUGUUAACCAAAAUGACGGCUAUCGCUCCUUUCCUGAUAAUGAUGACUCUGAGAUUGAUAAAUCAACUGUUAUUGAAGCCACGGGCGCUAUCCAUAAGGUAGAGUCUCAAGAUACCGAUGAUAAAUUAGAGUUGGAGAUGAGUCAAAGCACCGAGUUUUCUCAGAAAUCAGUCAUGCCUUCUCCUAGCUCUCAAUGCUGGUCCAUGUCCGGUGCUGGUACUGACCAUGAAAUGGUCGUUGGUAUGGAAUUUUCUGAUGCCUAUGCUUGUAGGAGAGCGAUUAAAAAUGCAGCAAUUUCUCUGCGUUUUGAGAUGCGAACGAUUAAAUCUGACAAGACUCGCUUCACAGCAAAGUGCAACAGCAAGGGUUGCCCAUGGAGGAUUCACUGCGCCAAAGUUUCUAAUGCUCCAACUUUUACGAUAAGGACUAUUCACGGGAGUCAUACUUGUGGUGGGAUUUCGCAUCUUGGUCAUCAGCAAGCUUCAGUCCAGUGGGUUGCUGAUGUUGUUGCUGAAAAGCUGAAAGAAAAUCCUCAUUUCAAACCAAAGGAGAUACUAGAGGAGAUUUAUCGAGUUCAUGGUAUUUCACUGUCCUACAAGCAGGCAUGGAGGGGGAAAGAGCGCAUAAUGGCUACUCUUCGCGGGUCUACUCUUCGUGGGUCAUUUGAAGAAGAAUAUCGCCUUCUUCCCCAAUACUGUGAUGAAAUCAGAAGGUCUAAUCCUGGGAGCGUCGCUGUGGUUCAUGUGAAUCCCAUUGAUGGGUGCUUUCAACACUUGUUUAUUUCUUUCCAAGCAUCAAUCUCUGGUUUUUUAAAUGCUUGCCGGCCUCUUAUUGCACUGGACAGUACAGUUUUAAAGAGCAAAUAUCCAGGGACGUUGCUGCUUGCCACUGGAUUUGAUGGAGAUGGAGCUGUGUUUCCUUUGGCAUUCGCUAUUGUUAACGAAGAGAACGAUGACAACUGGCAUCGGUUUCUCUCCGAGCUUCGUAAGAUUCUAGAUGAGAAUAUGCCAAAGCUUACCAUAUUGUCCAGCGGAGAGAGACCCGUUGUUGAUGGGGUAGAGGCUAAUUUCCCAGCAGCAUUUCAUGGCUUUUGUCUCCAUUAUCUCACAGAACGAUUCCAAAGAGAAUUCCAAAGCUCUGUUCUUGUAGACCUUUUUUGGGAGGCUGCGCAUUGUCUCACAGUUCUCGAGUUCAAAUCAAAAAUCAACAAGAUCGAGCAGAUAUCCCCGGAAGCUUCGUUAUGGAUCCAAAACAAGUCUCCUGCUCGAUGGGCAUCAUCAUACUUUGAAGGAACAAGGUUUGGACAAUUAACUGCAAAUGUUAUUACCGAGUCACUCAGCAAUUGGGUUGAAGAUACCUCAGGUCUUCCUAUAAUCCAAACGAUGGAGUGUAUCCACCGCCAUUUGAUAAAUAUGUUGAAAGAACGCCGUGAAACAAGCUUGCAUUGGUCUAAUGUGCUUGUUCCUUCUGCUGAGAAACAAAUGCUUGCUGCUAUAGAACAAUCUCGUGCUCACCGAGUUUACAGAGCAAACGAAGCAGAAUUUGAAGUCAUGACUUGUGAAGGAAACGUCGUUGUAAAUAUCGAAAACUGUUCUUGUUUAUGCGGCCGGUGGCAGGUUUAUGGUUUGCCCUGUAGCCACGCCGUUGGAGCUCUCUUGUCUUGCGAAGAGGACGUUUAUAGAUACACAGAGAGUUGUUUCACAGUGGAGAAUUACAGAAGAGCUUAUGCAGAAACUCUAGAGCCAAUAUCAGACAAAGUUCAGUGGAAAGAAAAUGAUUCAGAGAGAGACAGUGAAAAUGUAAUAAAAACACCAAAGGCUAUGAAAGGUGCUCCGAGGAAGAGGAGAGUAAGGGCAGAGGAUCGUGACCGUGUGAGGCGUGUGGUUCAUUGUGGUCGGUGUAAUCAGACAGGCCAUUUCAGAACAACUUGCACUGCUCCUAUGUAA